AUGCUUGUGGGACAGGAGCGUGGAUCUACUUUCGAGCAUGGCGGCAAAGACCAGGUCAAAACGGGCACCAAGGAGUUUGGUGCCUUGAAGGGUCUGAUGGCUUCUUUGGAUUGGACCUUUGAUCACACCGAGAAGGACAUCAAGGACUCAUUGGACAUGGCCAAGGAUCCCAAGAAGAAGCUUCCAAGCAACAUCAAUGAAUUGCUUGAUGGUGCCAGCAAAGCCCUUGAGCGCUUGUCGCGUGAUGCUUUGAAGAGCCUGAAGGAUGGAACCAAGCUGGCUGAUGGCGGCAAGGCCUUGCGUGGUCACUGCAAUGCCUGCCAGCGAGAUUUGGCAUCCAUCAACCACGUGAAGCUCUUCAAGGAGCUGCCCAAUGACAAGCCGCUGACCAAGCAGAAUUUCGAUUCGUGCGUGUUCGAAGUCGCCAAGCACGUGGAGGCGUUGAACUUGGAGGUGGAGAGUUCCAAGGCCAAGUUGAGGGCCAAGUCCAACUGA